AGUCUGGAGGACUGGCUCCAACAACUCGGUAUAUGGAUGCGGUGGAACGAGAUCAACGACGAUGAACACAAGAUCACCACGGCCCUGCUGCAUUUGGAAGGUGACGCAUUCACAUACAUGUCUGAAUAUGCGACCAGAGCAGCAGCACGGCAGGCACUUGGCACAUGGGAAGACUUUGUCAACAUUCUCAAAGUAAACUACAGGACCCUCGACCCGGACAAGGAUGCACAGCAGCAUUUGAAGGAUAUCUGCAGCAAGACGUAUCCCACAAUGGUAUCCUUCGCAGAACAGUUCCGUCAAUGGGCCACUAAGACCAACUUAGGGCACACCGCACUCAUCGGUUACAUCGCUGAACACCGAAGCAAGGACGUACGCCAAGCAAUGGUCACACGAGACAGCCUAGGAAUUUCCGACCCCAUCACAUGGCCGGAAUACCUCGACCUGUGCCUUCAACUGGAGUCCAAGUUCAGAGCCGACAAGGCAGGACAACGCGGAACGGUUACAACAUCAUCAUCGGCACCACGGGCCCUGAAAGACCCCAACGCAAUGGUCGUGGAUCGAGUAUCCACCCUCACCAAGGAACAAGAAGGAUGGCUGGAGAAGAAGCUACCCCAAGUACAAAGGCAAAUUCGAAAUGCCGAAGCGGGGCCAAGCAGCAAGGGCAAUUUCUUCAAAUGCGGCCUCAGACAUCUCUGA